ACACAACAAACAAAAUUUACAGGCUGCACUAUCAUCAUGCAACUUCUUUUGCCCGUUCUUCUCGUUACCAACAUCCUUGGUCUUGCCUCCGCAUGCACACAAUGGCAGAUUUUUUACAGAACCAAAUCCUAUGCCUGCGAACUCGACGCCGGCGCCCAUCGCAACCUUUGCAAUCAGAUGCCGGGCAAAUAUUUAAUCUACAACGCCGACAAUCAGGGCCGUCUUGGUACCGAUAUUACUGCUUCUACAUUCUGCGAUCCGUGUAGCCAGAGGGGCCAGCGCUGCUACUGCCUCGUUCAAUUCUGGCGUUACUCGGAAUGGAUAUCGAGUUAUAUCCCACCCUUUGAGGACAAUACCUGGCGAAUCGACUCAAGUAUCCCUGCGGGCAGAUUCUCGGAAAAGACGGUCGACUGCUAGAUACCUGGAGGUUUGGUAGAAUGUGUGGACCUCGCUGCAUAAGUUGACGGAAUGGAGAAGGAGCUCAGAAGCAUUAUUAGCCGGGGAUAUUUGUAUUUACCAUCAGUUAAUGGGAGAGUCGUUUAAUUUUCUACAUAACAAUGAAACCUGUUCCUAAUGGCUUU